AUGAGUCAAUCGACAGCAAAAAACUUGAGGGAUUUGUUGAUUAAGCAACAACUCAAUAGCAAAAUCAAAUUUAAAGGGGAACCUGUCAACAAAAUACAACCAAAUAGAAAAUAAUCUGGUAAUUGGGAUAAAAAAGUGGAUAUAUCUCAAUGCUCCUGCAAUCAGAAGAAUUGCACGAUAUGCAUGAAGAAAAGAGUUGUGAUAAAUGCUUCUCCUCUUUUGAAAGUCAAGGUAGCAACCAAAAACCAAGCUUGUGAUCAAGAUAGUAGAAGGGAAAUUAAGGUAACAAGUUCAGUUUCUGCUCAUCAAUCUCCUAACCGUGAGAAACAGUAUUAAAUGCAACAAAUGUUCUUGUAAAAGCAAUUGCAAAGUCAUCUACAACAAUUAUAAGAGUCUCGUCCUUAGUCGAGACAAGCUCCCAAAGAACAAAGUAAAAAGCCAUAAUUUUAUCAUAACAUGGAAAACUUUUUAAAUAACUAUUAUCAAAAGGGAAAUCUCAGUAAUUCAUAGUUGUAUGAGAACAGUUAUAAUGUUAAGUCCAAAGUCAUUCCAAAAAGAAUUGAAUCAAAAAGUCAUGUCCUUAGCAACACUUAAACAUCCUUCAAGUUGAAGCUCAAUCAACAAGGACCCAAAUUUUCAGCCAUUAUCAAUUCAGGAUUAGUUGAAUCAGCUCCAAAUUCUCCCAAUAAUCAUGAAAAUUCUACAAAGAGCAAAAUCACUCCAAAUGAUUCUAUCUCGAAAAGUAAAAUCAAUUAAAAUGACUCGAAAUCUAGUGAAAUCAGAAGAAAAUCUACAGGAGAAAUCUCAGAAAAAACUCAAAUUCUCGGUUUGAAAAUAGAUGAAUAAGUUGGUAGAUUGCAUUUUAAAUUUCUCUAUGUAAUUGGAAAAGGAGGCUUUGGAAGAGUUUGGAGAGUAGAAAUGAAAAAGAACAAAAAAUUAUUCGCCUUAAAAGAAAUGUCCAAGGCUAAAGUCAUCUAAAAAAGAAGUGUCAAUUCAGUGUUGAAUGAAAAAUACCUUCUAGAACACUUGCAUCAUCCCUUUUUAGUUAACAUGUGGUAUGCAUUCUAAGACAGAGAAAACCUAUUUUUAAUCAUAGAUCUAUUAACUGGAGGUGAUCUCAGAUUUCAUCUAGGUAAAAUGAGAAGAUUUAGUGAAGCAUAAGCAAAAUUUUUCGUUGCUUGUAUUUUAUUGGCUUUAACCUAUCUACAUUAAAAUGGAAUUAUUCACAGAGAUCUCAAACCUGAAAAUUUGGUAUUGGAUGAAGAUGGUUACAUGAGAUUAACAGAUUUGGGAAUAGCUAGAAUGAAUAAGGGAAACAAUGCUGGAGACACUUCAGGAACACCUGGAUACAUGGCUCCAGAGGUUAUGUGUAGAAUGGAUCACUCUGUUGUGGCUGACUAUUAUGCUUUAGGUGUCAUUGCAUAUGAAUUAAUGCUUGGAAGGAGACCAUACAACGGAAGAACUCGAUAAGAUAUAAGAGAGUAAAUAUUAGCUAAGCAAGUUCAAGUCAAAAAGGAGGAAUUACCUCUUGGAUGGAGUGAGAAUUCCCUUGAUUUUGUGAAUUAGUUAAUUCUCAGAAAACCAGAGAGAAGAUUGGGUAGCAAUGGAAUUGAAGAAAUCUUACAUCAUCCUUGGUUAAAAGGUUACCCCUGGGAUGAUUUAUUAAAGAAGAAAGUUUAGGCACUUUAUGUACCUGGAGCCGUUGAUGAUAACUUUGAUUUCUAAAAUCAGAUUUCAGAAGAAACACAAUUAAAUGAUGAAUAAUAGCUAGAAAAUUAAACACUCUUACGAAGAGAUACUGUUCAAUCGUUAUUUGAAGGAUAUCAUUAUGACAUAGAACUAAAGAAUAUUUAACAUCAACAGACUUAAAAGAAUCAUUCACAAAGAAAAUCAUAACCUGUUUCUCCAGAAAAAAAAGCAUGA